UUCCGCUGUCCCGGUGCCGGUUCCGCUGUCCCGGUGCCGGUUCUGGUUCUGCUGUCCCGGUUCCGGUUCCGCUGUCCCGGUGCCGGUUCCCGUUCCCCUCCCGGUUCUGGUUCCGCUGUCCCGGUGCUGGUUCUGCUGUCCCGGUGCUGGUUCUGCUGUCCCGGCGCCGGUUCCCCUGUCCCGGUGCCGGUGCCCGUUCCCACCCCGGUUCCGGUGCCGGUUCUGCUGUCCCGGUUCCGGUUCCACUGUCCCGGUGCCGGUUCUGCUGUCUCGGUGCCGGUUCUGCUGUCUCGGUGCCGGUGCCGGUUCUGCUGUCCCGGUGCCGGUUCUGCUGUCUCGGUGCCGGUUCCGGUUCCGCUGUCCCGGUGCCGGUGCCCGUUCCCGUCCCGGUUCCGGUUCUGCUGUCCCGGUCCCUCCCGCCGGGCGGGCCGUACCGAACCGCCCCGCGCCCCGCCCGCCGCCGCGGGCGCCCGGAGGAGGCGGAGCCGCCACCGGGGCCGGGGCCGGCCCAGCCCGAGCCGAGCCGUGCCCGAGCCGAGCCGAGCCGAGCCGAGCCGAGCCGAGCCGUGCCCGAGCCGAGCUCAGCCGGACCGCGCCGUGCCGGGCCGGGCCGGGCCGAACCCGCCGCGAUCGCGCCGUGCGGGGCCGUGCCGAACCGAGCCGUGCGGAGCCGGGCCGGGCCGGGCCCGCCGCGCCCCGAUGAAUGGGAUCGCCUUCUGCCUGGUCGGGAUCCCGCCGUCCGCCCCCGCGCCAACGCCCGGCCGCAGAGAUGGGACCUCCCCGAACGCCAACGCGCCCCCCGAGGGGGGCUCCUUGCCCUGGGUGGGCCCCAGGACGGUGGCGCUGCGCAAGAGCCCCCAGGGCGGCUUCGGCUUCACCCUGCGCCAUUUCAUCGUGUACCCCCCGGAAUCGGCCGUGCUCCCGGCCAAGGAGGAGGAGAAUGGGAACCGAGCAGGUCCCCCCCGGAGCCGCCUGGAGCCCAUGGACACGAUCUUCGUGAAGAACGUGCGGGAGGACGGGCCCGCGCACCAGGCGGGGCUGCGCACGGGUGACCGCCUGGUCAAGGUGAACGGGGAGAGCAUCAUCGGGAAAACCUACUCGCAGGUGAUCGCCCUGAUCCAGAACAGUGACGAUGUGCUGGAGCUCUCCAUCAUGCCCAAGGACGAGGACAUCCUCCAGCUGGCCUAUUCCCAGGACGCCUACCUGAAAGGCAACGAGCCCUACUCCGGGGGGGCUCAGAGCAUCCCCGAGCCCCCUCCCCUCUGCUACCCACGGAAGACCUACCCGUUCCAGGCCCGGGCUGCCGACCCCGCCCCGGGCCAGCCUCCGGACCCCCGCGCCCCCCGCCCGGCCACCACCGGCCCCUCGUCCCCUCUGGGCGCCCGCAGCGACCCCGGCGGCGGCAGCCCCGCGCACCGCCCCGAGGAGCCGCAGCCCGGGGGUCCCUCCCCGCGCCCCACCGCACCCCACGGGCACCCCGGCUCCUUCUCCCACCCCGCAUCCUCCGCGCCCGACCGCUACGGGAUGUCCCCGGCCGCCACCGCCGCCUCCUACGGCGUCCCCAAGCCCUUCCCGGAGCACCGGACUCACUGCGGCUUCAAGGAAAGCACCGGGGGGCUGUCAGGAACCGGGUGGCCCCCCCGGGACGUGUCGCGUGUGCCGGGUCGCCAGGAGUGCCAGCAGGCGCUGUCGCGGUGGUUCUGCAGCCAGGAGCCGCGGCGCUCGGAGGAGCGGCACCGCGCCAUGCCGCGCUACCGCAGCGUGUCCCACGACCGCCUGGGCGGCUUGGUGGCCACGGCCAGCCGGGGCUGGCCACACAGCGCCUCGCACGACACCCUGCUGCAGGCCGGCCGUGAGGGCUGGGCCCCCCGAGCCCGCUCCGAGCAUUACCUGGGCAGGUACGGCCGCUCCAUGGAGGCGCUGGAGCCCGGCGCGCUGCACCUGGAGCGCUCUGCGUGGCCGCCCGAGAGGCUCUGCCGUGCCGCCGCCGUGGUCACCACCGGGCAGCCUAUCCCACCUUUGGCUCCUUCCUCAUCCUCCUCCUCCUCCUCGUCGCGGGAGCCGGUGCAGAAGCACCCAUCGCAGCCCAACCUGCAGAGCGCCGACGAUUCGGGCUACAUCGGCUACCGCAGCUACAGCCCGUCCUUCCAGCGCCGCACCGGGCUGCUGCACGCCCUGGCCUGCCGCGACCCGGCCUUCGGCGGGCUGCCCGCCCUCAGCAUCGCGCAGAGACAGCUCAGGGACAGCGUGGUCAGCCCUGCUGUCCCCUCGGUGACCACCCCGGUUGUGUCCAGCGCGCCCCGGGAGCCGGAGGGCGGCCGGGCGGCCGAGCGGCCGGAGGAGCGCAGGGAGGAGGUGGUGCUGCGGCAGAAGCCGCCCACGGGCCGCAAGGCGCCCGCGCCGCUCCGGCAGAUGAAUUUCGUGUUCGCCGAGGGGGUGAAGGAGGCGGAGGAGCCGGCAGGGGCUGCGGGGAGAGGGGACAGGCCGGGGAACGAGCGGCCCGGACGGAGAGUGGCUCCGCUGGCGGCCCCCGAGGAUUCGCUGGCGUCCAUCCCCUUCAUCGAUGAACCCACCAGCCCCAGCAUCGACCUGAAGGCCAAGCACGUCCCGGCCUCCUCGGUGGUGUCCAGCGCCAUGAACUCUGCGCCCGCCGUGGCCACCAGCCCCGCCUCGCCCACCUUCGCCUUCGCCCUGUCCCGCCACUACUCCCAGGACUGCAGCAGCAUCAAGGCCGGCCGCCGCUCCUCCUACCUGCUGGCCAUCACCACCGAGCGCUCCAAGUCAUGCGACGACGGCCUGAACGCCUUUAGGGACGAGGGGAAGAUCCUGAGGAGGAUGCCCAGCCGGGUGCCCAGCCUCCGCAUGCUGAGGAGCUUCUUCACCGACGGGUCCCUGGACAGCCUGGGCGCGUCUGAAGACGCCCGUUCCAAAAGACACUCGACCUCCGACCUCUCGGACGUGCCGUUCAGCGCCGUGAGGAAGGAGGGCUGGCUCCACUGCAAGCAGAUCCUCACCAAAAAGGGGAAGAAGGUCGGUGGAGGCAUCCGGCAGUGGAAGCGCGUCUUCGCCGUGCUGCGCACCCACUCGCUGUACCUGUGCAAGGACAGGCGGGAGGCGGUGACCUGCGCCCCGGCCCCAGGUGAGGAGGAGCCGCCGAUCAGCAUCCAAGCGUGCCUGGUGGACAUCUCCUACAGCGAGACCAAGAGGAAGCACGUCUUCCGCCUGACGACCGCUGACUUCUGUGAAUAUCUCUUUCAGGCAGAGGAUCGGGAAGACAUGCUGGCCUGGAUCAAAGUCAUCAGGGAGAACAGCAAGGCUGAGGGCGAGGACCCCGGUUUUGCCAGCCAAGCCCUUAUCAGCAAGAAGUUAAACGACUACCGGAAAGUGAGCCCUGCGGGCGCCAAGCCCGACUCGUCACCCAAGGGCCCUCGCGGGCUGGGGAUCCGAGCCGAGUUCCUGAAGCAGACGGGAACCAGCGCGCCCCGGUCCCCCAGGCAGGACACGGCUGUCACAAAAGAUGAAAGCAGCUCCCAAAAAACCCCGUGGGGCAUCAACAUCAUGAAGAAGAACAAGAAAUCGGCGCCGCGCGCCUUCGGCGUGAGGCUGGAGGAUUGUCAGCCUGCCCCGGACAACAAGAACGUGCCCCUGAUCGUGGAGGCGUGCUGCAGGGUGGUGGAGGACCGCGGGCUGGAGUACAUGGGCAUCUACCGCGUGCCCGGCAACAACGCCGUGGUGUCCAGCCUGCAGGAGCAGCUCAACAAGGGAGCCACCGAGAUCAACCUGCAGGACGAGCGGUGGCAGGACCUGAACGUCAUCAGCAGCCUCCUCAAGUCCUUCUUCCGAAAGCUGCCCGAGCCCCUCUUCACCGACGAUAAAUACAACGACUUCAUCGAAGCCAACCGCAUCGAAGACGCCAGCGAGAGGAUGAGGACGCUGCGGAAGCUGAUCCGUGACCUUCCAGGCCACUACUACGAGACCCUCAAAUUCCUGGUGGGUCACCUGAAAACCAUCGCCGACCACUCGGAGAAGAACAAGAUGGAGCCCCGGAAUCUGGCGCUGGUGUUCGGCCCCACGCUGGUGAGGACGUCCGAGGACAACAUGACCGACAUGGUGACGCACAUGCCCGACCGCUACAAGAUCGUGGAGACGCUCAUCCAGCACUCAGACUGGUUCUUCAGCGACAAGGAGGACAAGGGUGACAAGACCCCCGUGGACGAGAAGGAGGCGCAGUCCGUGCCCAACAUCGAGUACCUGCUGCCCAACAUCGGCAGGACCGCGGCGCCCGGCGACGCCGCAGGCUCGACCCGCAGCGGCUCCGCCAAACCGAAGGGCACGUGGCCGUCGCGCAGAGCGCCGCCGCACCGGGAGCUCCUCGCCAUCCCCUUCGUCUCGGCCGCCGCCCGCAAGAGGAAGAAGAGGAGAGAGGCCGAAGGCGUCGGGAGCAGCACCGACGACGACGCGGAGCGCAGGGACAGCCCGGGCCGGCAGCAGGAGCGCCAGGACCCCGCAGCGGUGACACCGGGCAGAGCCUCCCGCCACACCGACACCGGCACCGGCACCGGCACCGAGCCGGCGGCUCCUGGCACAGCCAGGACGGAUCGGGAAUGCCCCGGCGCGUCCGAACCGGCGCCGGACGCCCGCUCCAUCGUGUCCGGCUACUCCACGCUGUCCACCAUGGACCGCAGCCUGUGCUCCGAGGCGCACUCGGCGGCCGGGAGCCGUGGCGAGGAGGCGGACGACGAGCUCAGCCACAUGGAGACGGACACGGAGAGCCGCGACAGCGCACGACGGGCGGGACAGGCGACAGGCGACGAGGACAAGCCACCCCCCGGCCGGCCCUCCUUCAACUCGCACCGCCUGAUCCAGUGCGACACUCUGGCCCGCAGGAAGCUGGCGCGGCCGCGGCCGGUUGGGGACACCGCGGAGGUGACCGGCGGUGACAACCGGAGCUGGGUGACCGCGGGGCGGGCGUCGCUGCGGGAGCAGCUCCGGCAGCACCUGCGGGGCUCCGCCGAUGACCUCGGGGUCCGCCUGCGCUGCGCUCACUCCCCGGAGACCCGGCGCAAGAAGAGCAGCUGGCGCCGCCACACCGUGGUGGUGCCCGGCGGCCUCAAGGACCUCAAUUUCAACGAGUGGAAGGAAUCGCUGGGGAUGGAGGCGACGCCGCGACCCUGUCGCGACAAGGACUCGGGGCUCAGCAGCCUGGAGUCCACCAAAGCCCGGCCCGCGGCUCCCGGCACGGCCCCGCCUGGCGCUGCUGGCCCUGGCGCGGCCACCAAGAGCCCCCCGGGCAGCCCCGGUGUCCCCCUGCGCUUCCCGCAGUGUCUGUGACCCCUCCCGGCCGGUGUUUAAUUUAACGAUUGUCCCUUGUCCCCGUAUUUAAUUGUGCUCCGGAUGAGCUGCUGUUGUUAUUUAACCGGUCCCGGUGGCCCCCGCGCUGUGGGGGACAAAAGCCACCUCGUCCCCCACGCUUUGGGGACACCGCGUGGGGAGUCCCAGUCCCCGGGCGGUGCCAGGAGGGGCGGGGGGCUGUUGGGGACUGUCCCCAGUGGUGGCGCUGCUGUCCCCAGACGCGGCGGAGCGAAGUGCGGGCACUUCCCUGGGAGCUGCGGGGGCUCCGGGCGGGGACCUGCCCCGGGCUGGGGACCCUGGGGACCCUGGGGACAUCAGUGUCACAGACCCGUGUGUUAGGGGACCCUGGGGACAUCGGUGUCACAGACCCCUGUGUUGGGGGACCCUGGGGACCUCGGUGUCACAGACCCCUGUGUUGGGGGGACCCUGGGGACCUCGGUGUCACAGACCCGUGCGUUGGGGGACCCUGGGGACCCUGGGGACAUCGGUGUCACAGACCCCUGUGUUGGGGGACCCUGGGGACCUCGGUGUCACAGACCCCUGUGUUGGGGGGACCCUGGGGACCUCGGUGUCACAGACCCCUGUGUUGGGGGGACCCUGGGGACCUCGGUGUCACAGACCCGUGCGUUGGGGGACCCUGGGGACCCUGGGGACAUUGGUGUCACAGACUCCUGUGUUGGGGGACCCUGGGGACAUGAGGGUCAGAGACUCCUGCCCUGGGGACCUCGAGGACCCUGGGGACCUCAAUGAGAGACCCCUACCCUGGGGGACCCUGGGGACAUCAGGGACAGAGACCCCUGUGUUGGGGGACCCUGGGGACAUCGGUGUCACAGAUCCCUCUGCUGGGGGACCCUGGGGACAUCAGGGACAGAGCCCCCUGCCCUGGGGGACCCUGGGGACAUCAGGGACAGAGACCCCUGCCCUGGGGACCUCGAGGACCCUGGGGACCUCAAUGAGACACCCCUGCCCUGGGGACAUCAGGGACAGAGCCCCCUGCCCUGGGGGACCCUGGGGACAUCAGGGACAGAGCCCCCUGCCCUGGGGGACCCUGGGGACAUCAGGGACAGAGCCCCCUGCCCUGGGGGACCCUGGGGACAUCAGGGACAGAGACCCCUGCCCUGGGGACCUCGAGGACCCUGGGGACCUCGAUGAGACACCCCUGCCCUGGGGACAUCAGGGACAGGCACCCUUGCCCUGGGGGACCCUGGGGACAUCAGGGACAGAGACCCCUGCCCUGGGGACCUCGAGGACCCUGGGGACCUCGAUGAGACACCCCUGCCCUGGGGACAUCAGGGACAGGCACCCCUGCCCUGGGGGACCCUGGGGACAUCAGGGACCCUGGGGACCUCGAUGGGACACCCCUGCCCUGGGGACAUCAGGGACAGAGACCCCUGCCCUGGGGGACCCUGGGGACCUCGGUGUCACAGACCCCUCUGCUGGGGGACCCUGGGGACAUCAGGGACAGAGCCCCCUGCCCUGGGGGACCCUGGGGACAUCAGGGACAGAGACCCCUGCCCUGGGGACCUCGAGGACCCUGGGGACCUCAAUGAGACACCCCUGCCCUGGGGACAUCAGGGACAGACAUCCCUGCCCUGGGGGACCCUGGGGACAUCAGGGACAGACAUCCCUGCCCUGGGGGACCCUGGGGACAUCAGGGACAGACAUCCCUGCCCUGGGGGACCCUGGGGACAUCAGGGACAGAGACCCCUGCCCUGGGGGACCCUGGGGACAUCAGGGACCCUGGGGACCUCGAUGGGACACCCCUGCCCUGGGGACAUCAGGGACAGAGCCGCCUGCCCUGGGGGACCCUGGGGACAUCAGGGUCAGAAACUCCUGCCCUGGGGACCUUGGGGACCCUGGGGACCUCAAUGAGACACCCCUGCCCUGGGGACAUCAGGGACAGAGACCCCUGCCCUGGGGGACCCUGGGGACAUCAGGGACAGAGCCCCCUGCCCUGGGGACCUUGGGGACCCUGGUGACCUCAAUGAGAGCCCCCUGCCCUGGUGGCCCUGGGGACUCUGCAGGCCCUGAGGACUUUGGGGAUCAGAGACCCCCCCUCGUGUCCUGGGGUCCCUUGGGGACCUCAGCGCUGUCACCUUGACCUGGGAGGGCUCUGCUGAGCCUUGGGGGGGUCCCCAGGAGCCCAGGAGGGGACAGGGACACCCCGCGGCAGGGGAGGGGACACUGCCAUCCUUUACCCCUCACCACGGGCCACCACCCCGCGUGUGGCCCUCCCUGGAUUGUCCCUGUCCCCUCCCGGGCCAGAAGCACUUUAGGAAGGGGGCACGGAGACCCCCGGCCUGGCCACGUGGGGACACAAGUGCCACCAACUGGGUGGCAUCGUGUCACACCCCCUGUCACCGUGUCUCUCCGUGUCGUUAUGCAAAUAUUUGCUGUAAAGUCGUUUGUUUUUCCUUUAUUUUUGAUUUUUUUGGGGGUUGUUUUCUGGUUUUUUGUCUGUUUUUCCCCCUGUAAAUAUCGUCACUGCCCGUGUAACAUAUCCCAAAGGAUUUAUAAAGGAUUUUUUAAAGAAGUUUUGGGAAAGGCCAGCCCUGAGCAAGGGGACGUGCUGGACCAGUGGUGACUUUUUAAAACCCUCCUGCAUGUCCCACCCCCCAAAAAAAAAACCCUCCCACCCCCCAUUCCUGGCAGGAUCUGCAAAACUAAAAAAAAACCAACAAAAAACCCAAAAUCUCAAACCAACCCAAAAAAUCCCUCCUGCUUUGGCCCCCCACCUCCAGUCCUGGUCUAUAUAUUGGAAAUAAACUGAUUAUUCAAGGUUU